UGUAAUAUAAAUAGUUUCAAACCGGAAAAGUGUUCAUGUAAGCUAGUUAUAAGAAGUUGUUUAAAUAUCAUUCAUUUACCUGAACCAGAUAAAAUAAGAAUGUGGAAAUCUGUGAUUCUUAUACUUUGUGUAAUUCAAUAUGCACAUUCAGCAACCAAUCCACCAUGUCCAAAGAUAAAACAGACAGGACAAUGUCUCGGGUUGCCGAAAACAGAUAAAUGUCAGACAAAUAGUGAAUGUGGACUUUACGAAAUGUGUUGCCCUAAAGAAUGUGGAAAAGAAUGCACAUCGAAGCGCAAAUCAGGCAUAUGUCCUACCUUUACUGACAAACCAUUGAGUUUUUGUAGCGUAGCACGCAUUGGUUCUGGUUGUGGUGGUAAUGACGAUGACUGCUCCGGUACUAAAAAAUGCUGUCCAGAUAUAUGUGGAUCUCGACAGUGUAAAGAACCUGCACCAAAGGAUCGACCAGAGUGUCCUUCUUUCCCAAAAAACAUCCCAUGUUUCGUUUACCAGCACGAUUGUAGUCACGAAAAGGAAUGUCCCCAAGGUCAAAUAUGUUGUGGUGUUACUUGUGGAAUAGGAUGUGCAAAACCAGUAAAACCGAAUCCACCAAAACCAAGACAGGGAGUUUGUCCGCCAGUUCCUAAAGACGAUCCAAACGUUUGUAACCUUGUAGAUGUACGAUAUGACUGUGACACGGAUUCAGAUUGUACAGAAAGAAAUAAGAAAUGUUGUGGGACGCCAUGCGGAGGACGAGCAUGCACUAGUCCUAUAAAGGGUGAUCGUACUGGAUGUCCACCGUGUUCCAACAGCCAACCGAGUACAGGUUGUCCCGCGUGCAUACAAUAUCAGCAACUGUGUAACUCAGACAAGGAGUGUAAUCGAGGUCAUCUUUGUUGUUUUAACCCUUCCUGCGGUACAUCAUGUAAAAGAACAUAUGGUCGAUGAAAUUUAUUCAAUUAUAACAUAACUAAUUGGGUCAAUUAUAGAAAUAAAGACUGAAUUAACCAG